AUGCCACGAGGGACGAGGGUGUGUUUGUGGAUGUGGGCGUGCGCGCGUGCGUCUGGCGCUGUGCUACGGUCGGAUGUCUUGCAUGCUGAGGUGAGGCCAGCAGGACAAAAGGUGAGCAUUACUUACUGUUACUACGACUACGACUACAACUACAACAACCAUCGACCAAACACAUCCAUUAAGAGCCUAGCUUACCAUCCGACGACCAGGCUUACACACAUGGUCGUCCUAGUAGAAAGAGAGAGAAAAUCUCCGAAUCCCGCCGUCUUGGUCCUAAUACAGAGAAACACAGAGCCAUUAAGAAAAAGCUCCGAUGCUUGA